GCUGGUGAUGGACAAGGAGACGCUUAGGCACCAUGUCAUCGCUUAUUGGUCAUAUCAUCUAGGAACUGUAUUUUCCCCGACACUUCUGGAAAUAAGGUAAACGCACAUUAUCUACAGCUUUUGGAGAAUCUCGAUGAGAUGAACAACUACUCUUGGGCCGCUGGGGUGCUUGCAUUUGUUUUAGGAGAGAUGAGCAAAGGGUCGAGAAUUAAAACAACUCAAAUUGGAGGUUACCUAACUCUUAUUCAGGUUUGGAUCUACGACCACUUCCCUAAAUUGGGAUUGGCUAGGAAAACUCCAAAUUAUCCCUAUAACGAACCUACAGCAGGAAAAUGGGUGUUUUUGGACGCACAAAAGAAGUCUAAAGAAGAGCAGUUGGCUUCGUUGAGGGAGCAAUUGGAUGAUCUAACGGUGAACGAUAUGGUAUUUCACCCAUACACCGUACCCGAUGAUGUCCCUGUAGAUGAAGAUGAUUUGAAUGGUUACUCUUCCGUCUCGGCUUACUAUGGACCAAUUUGGCAUCCUCACGGCUACACAAUUUAUAAUCCAAGGAGAAUACUAGACAACUUUCUUUACAACUUACCUUUAGGUGAUUUAGUUUCUUGUGGAGAAGAUGUAAAUGCAUAUGAAGAAGAUUAUAUGGAGUUUUAUCAAGAAAUUAGUCAUCCUAUUGUGAUACAUAGACAACAACAAGCUAUUGCUGAUAAGGCGAAGGCAAAGGAGAGGGAGGCUAAGAGAGCUCAAAAGGAGAUGCCAAUUUGUGGUGAAGAAGCCAUUAAGUUAUGGGAUAAUUUGGUGAAGAAGGGUACGAAAUUGUUGAAGAAAUGGAUGACUAGAAUCCGUAGUGGAGAGUCGAUGUCGCCAAAGGAACAAACCUUGUACCACAGCCAGUGGGAGCAGCUUAUAUCUCAAAGAAUGGUGGAGGCAAGUCGGUCUAAGCAAAUGAAGAGGGGUCGACAACAAGGAGAAGGUUCAAGUCGCGAAGCUAUUACCACGGUGGAAGAAACCGGUGGAGGAGAUGAAACCCCAACUAAUGAGGAAGUUCCAUUUAAGACUCGUGGUGAAAAAGUAAAUAAAAGGCCUCGUCGUACUGGUCGUAAGUGA